AUGUAUAUGAUGAAUAAAGUAUUGGAGAACUUGAUUGGAAAGCCGGUUGAACAACAAUUUGAUGAGAUCGAGCUUGAAGAAGUCAGAGCACGACGUAAAGCUGAGAUUGAAGCUGAAAUGAAAAACAAAGGCAAAGGUGUUCAAAUUGAAGGUGAUACUGAAGUGACUGAAAGGGCAAUUGUUGUGUCUAAGCCAACAAUAGAUCAGGAAACAUCGAUUCCUAACCCUUGUCCUAUAUCUUCAGUUUCUGGUGUGUUUGAUGAUGAUAUAGAAAAUGAUGAAGAAGAAGAAGAAGAAGAUGAUGAUAUUCUAAAAGAUGAUGCAGAAGAUGUUUAUUCUGCUUCUGGUGAUGAUGAUGAUGAUGACGGAAAUGAUGACGAUGAUCAAGGUGCUACAGGCAUCAAAGUUACUGAAGCAUCAAACGAAGAGAAAAUUGAUGAAUAUCUUCAUGAUGAUGCCAAUGAAGAAUCUGAGAAUGCAAGUUGUUAG